UUUAAGCACACGGGUGUUUCUUCCUUGCCUUGCGCUUGCUGUACCUGGAACAUUACCUUACCUUCUUCUCUUGAGUGGCGCUCGGCCGGACUUGAUUUUCUGGCCACCGGGAUUUAAAACUUAAAACUCUAGAAGAGAGUUGCUGUCGCGGCCACCGUCGCUGUCUUGGCCUUACUUUGCCUUUGUGGCUGCCUCAUUCUCCGCGUGUUCAGGACGCCAGAGGCGACCUUCAUACAUACAGGAUAAAAGAAAGGGAUAUUUCGGUUUAUUUCGGUAUAUAUCAAGGAGUCAAGCAGUUUAGGCUCGUCUCCCGGCUUCCUCCUCCACAAGCUUCUUAUCACCGUUCGGCCAGUAUAUCAAACAUGCCAUCAUCAUCACCAGCAGCAGUCGAUAUGGUCAUCCCACCCAAAACGUCCUCUCUGCAGCCCUUUAUGGUUCUCUGUGUUGCGCCGUUUCUCGGCUACAGGGACAUUCAGGCCCUCCGCUGUGUCUGCACGGAAUGGCGCCGAAUACUCGACCAAUAUGAGCGCUCGGUCAGCCUCAGGCACUCCGGCCUGCGCGAGUACGAGGUCCAGCCGCGGCACCUCAUCCUUGGCUCAGAGACGCCCACGCGCUAUGUGAUACCGUUUCCCUCGUACCCCGGAAUCCGCGAGUUGGAAGAACGAGCGCGCCAAAUCCAAUACGUCGUCCACCAGACCAACUACCUCAAGGACGGCUUUAGUUGCAUCGGCCUGGGAGACUGCGCCCCGGAGGAGUUGUCCCGCGCGACCCAAGGGAUCGAGAGAGCCCUGUGGCUCUGCAGCGACAUCGCCGAUCUCGAGGCUGCUCCUUGGGCCUCGUUCAAGGACGUCCCCGAGAAUCUCCGCGUACACCGGCACCUUGUCGGGCAUGGGCGCGAGGAUCGCGAACAAGCUUCGGAUGCAACGACGACCAAGGAGGAUCGGGUUUCCGAGAAGCCUGUUCGAGUAACGCAGCUCGAGCUGCUCGAAAACCUCCCGACGGUGGACCUGGCGAGGCUUGUCGUGUUGUUAUUUCUGACGAGACACGCGUUCAUGGAGUUCGUGUGCGGAGAGGCUCCCCGGGACUUUCAGAACCCAUUAUAUGCAGAAUGGUGCAUGAGCGUAGUCGAGGCGACGCUGAGACAUGGUGUCUUCUUUUUGCAUGCGCAGAUCCAGGGUGGCAACGAGCACUUGCUCGGACGAGCCGGUGUGGGCUCGCCCCUAGCCCGCAGGGCCGCUGAGAUUGCGACCGAUCUGGUCGAGGAGAUCCGCCUGUGGGAGAAAUCUUGGCAAAACAUGCUGCCGGGGCUCAACAUGACCGUCCAGGGAACCUUUCGAAGGAGGAUUGGCUGUGACCCGAGGCAAUCGCUCUAUUUUGCGGCGGAGAUGAUCAAGGGGAACAACGUGACGUGCGGUAACUGCAAGACGGUGAUAGCCGACGCUGGACACAAUUCUUGAGAUGGCCUCACGUACAUCGCGGGGACGACGUUUCCAGGGGUAGGGUGGGGGAGCUGGGGUGGGAUGAAGGCUAACGCGUCCCACGAACCGACAAUGACCGAUAUAUUUUAUCUGUAUUCAAUACGCAGAAUCAGACAGGCUAAUAGAAAAUGAAUAGACGCAGUGCAA